AGUGUGCAGUCUAUUGACCACUCACCUUUUAACUGUAUCAGUCGCCGCUGUCCUAAAGCUUAUCUCCGACUGAGAGGUGGCACUGAUGGGGUUUCUGGAUUCGAGCCCAACCCCUCACCUUCGAUACCAUCGUACACUUCUCCUGCGUCUCAGCAAGUUGAUUGGGACACGCCGUCAGCGCAAUCCUACAACAUCCCACCAGCACCAGUUGCAGAGAUGGAUCCUCCUCCUGCUUUCAGCAGUCCACCCAAAGCACCCGUUCCGAGUUUCUCCCCUCCUGUGGCAGCUCCUUCCUUCUCAGCCCCUCCAGCUCCUGCCCCAGCUCCUACUCAAUCAUCAGUGUCUUGGGAUGAGACGUCGGUGAGCGGAUUCCGUCGCUUCAUAGAUAUGUUUGGCUGGCAAAACAUCAGCCCCUUUCUGUACUUUGCCAUGGGCGCCUUCUGGGCUUCCAUUAUGGCGAUUUGGCACAACACAACUCCAGAUGAAGAUCUUGAUAUGAAAGCUGUCUGAUCAAACCUUUGAUUGAUGAGAACCGUGGAGCAUGUGAAGGGAUCAUAUGCUUGUGUGGUGUUGCAUUUCAGAUCAUCUCUUUGCUGAGCUAUGCUGAUGCUCCGUGUCAACGGCUUUUUGGACAUUUCAAAGAAUCAAACCUCAAGCUGGUGUAACGUUCAUGGUUACGUAGUUGACACAGAUUGAGACUUGAUAUAUUCAAA